UGGCGACUUCUGUCCUGUGGAUUUCUAAUUGUUCCGGGUGACAUCGUAAAACCCCCGCUCUCGUCUCUGGUUUAAACCGGUUUAAUGAGUGACAAGACUCGGUCUAACAACUUCCUUUUCUAAAACUAAUCCAUUUCCGAGUUCGGAUUACAUUGAGCGCUGGUACUGUAACUUACAAGUUACAACUAAACGUAACUAGUCCUACUACUUCCAAGCCUCCUAAAAUUCAGAGAGCAAACAGUGAUUUUGCAACUUGCAGAGAAUUCCCAAUAGACUAUCGGUCUGACAUGCAGUGUACGUUCAACUAGAACUCAACGGCUGGGACCUGACGUAUUUCUGCUGACCAAGAAGUUGGGUAAAUAGAGUUCGUGUCACGAAACUACGGAGGACUCCAGCAUAUAUGCUAGAUCUUCAUCAUUAUAAACUACCAUUCCACAUUUCAGCACUUCUGUAGCCGGUGUGAUGAUGAAGGUUGUUGUUGUUGGGGGCGGUGUGAUCGGCCUGUCCUCUGCGCUGUGUGUGAAGGAGCGGUGCCAGCGGGCAGACGUGACGGUAGUGGCAGCGGAGUUUACACCCAACACAACAGGGGACGGGGCCGCAGGGAUCUGGCAACCACAGCUCUGGAACGUGACACAACAAGAACUGAAAUGGCUACAAUGGACGUUUGACCACCUCUCCCGACUGUACAAGACUGAAUUCUCCCACCGAAUCGGUCUGUUCUGCCAGUCAGGCUACAAUGUGUUCGACAAGGAAGUCCCGGAUCCUCCGUGGAAAGACAUCGUACUGGGCUUCAGACAUCUGACUGAAGAUGAAGUCAAGAAGUUUCCAGGAUACAGCUACGGAUGGUUCAACACUACGUUGAUGUUGGAAUGCAGGUCGUACUUGCCGUGGUUGACUCAGAGGCUGAAGGAGAAAGGAGUCAAGUUUGAACAGAGAAAGAUCGCUAGCCUUUCCGAGGUCUGCAGUGACUACGAUGUCGUCAUCAACUGCUGCGGACUGUCCGCUAGGAAAAUGUUGAACGACCAGGAAGUCAAACCUGGGCGGGGCCAGAUUGUCAGAGUUCAUGCCCCUUGGGUCAAACACUUCCUCCUCACGCACAACCUGGACACAGCGACCUACAACUCACCCUACAUCAUUCCAGGGAUAAAUGCAGUCGCCCUAGGCGGCCUGAACCAGGUAGGCGACUGGGAUGAGGGAUGGAGGGAGGAGGAUGAGAAGAAGAUAUGGGACGGUGCAAUUAAAAUGAUACCUGCGAUAAAGGGAGCCCAAGUUCUGGCCAAGUGGACGGGCCUGCGUCCUGUGCGGGAGCGGAUAAGACUGGAGAGGGACACCGUAAAGGACACCCCUGUCAUCCACAACUACGGUCACGGCGGUUACGGCGUCACCUACCACUGGGGAUGUGCACUGCAGGCGGCCUCGCUCGCUGCCAAAGCUAUGGAUGACAUAGCUGCUAAAGCGUCUUCCACAAGAGUCCACAAAUCUCGUUACUAAACGUGCUGUACUGGUUUAUAGCUAGUUUAGAUGGUUUUAUUAUUGAAAGGGACAUGUAAAAAUACAAAUAAAAGUACGAGGACGAA